AUGAACAGUCCACGCCAGACACCAUGUUCCCUGGCGAGACGGGGACCGACGGGUAGCAGCAGCACACAUGGCAUCCCGCCUCUCCUCCUCAUCGUCUCCGCCGCCCUCGCCCUUCUCCUCCCGACGACAGCAGCCCAGUCGACGGAUGCGCCCUGCUUCUUCCCCAACAGCACCGCCGCCGCCGCCGACAUGGCCCCGUGCGGCGGCGGCGGCGCCGACACGACGCACUCGCACUGCUGCAACCAGGGCUGGGCCUGUCUGAGCAACGGCCUCUGUAUGGCCGCCGGACAGGAUCCCGCACAGCUCGCCGGCGCAACCCUCGUGCGCGGCGCCUGCACCGACCAGACCUGGACGAGCCCCGACUGCCCGCGGUGGUGCACCAAUGCCGAGGACCUCGACAACCUCAACGUGCCCCAGCCCAUCGCCGCAUGCCAGGCUGUGCCCGGCGCCUUUUACUGUGCCAACUCGGACGACGCCGCCGACUGCGACGAGGAAGAGGAGGUCAUCCGCUUCUCUGGCGGCACCCCGUCCGCCGUGACCACGAUAGGUGUGUCGCCUACGUCCACGUCAGGUUCCUCCUCGGCGACGUCCGGCGGCGCCUCCCAGACCUCCACUUCACCCGCCGAUGCUGCCACCUCGGCCGUCGAGUCCGGCUCUGGCGGCGAUAGCGGUGGCGGCGGCGGAGGCGGCGAUUCCAAUGCCCUCGAAAUCGGCCUCGGCGUCGGUAUCGGUGUUGGCGGUCUCGGUGUUCUUGCGGCUCUCAUCUUCUUUUUCCUCUGGCGCCGGCGUGUUCAAAAGACAAAGGCAGCGGCGGACGCUCUUGAAGCCAACGAGGCUGCCGCCGCAGCGUCCAGCCCGACCGAUGCCGACGGUGAAAAGGGUACCCUCAGCUCCGCUGGCCCGUGGAGCCCCGUGUCCGGCAGUAGCGAGCUGCCAACGACUGUGUCCCGGGAUGUGCAGGAGGCCGGCGCCGACUCGGCCGUCUUCGAGGCUCCGGUGGGGCAUACCACGGCAGGAAGGGCCGAGGCGCCCGAGGAUCCGCGGAGGUUCGAGGCUCCCGUCUUCCAAGGCACGCAAGGACGGCAUGAGUUGGCUUGA